ACUCAAGAAGAAAUAGGUUCCUCGUUUCAAAGUCAGACCAAAACGCAAAGCUUUAAUUAGACCAAAACAACAGAAAAAUCAAACAUUGAAAAUUUCUCUAUGAUUUCCGUCAUCAAAUAACUUUUGUCUCAACUCCAUGAAAAUUUUUUAGAUACAGAUUAGUUCUUCCUCUUCCUACCGAAAGUUCUUUUUUCUUUCUUUCUUUCUUUCUUUCAUCAGUAUCAGAAUGAGAAACGUUUCUCGUAAAAUGUUAGAUUGUAGGCUACUUGGCGGCCAUGCCAAGACAAUUUUCCUCUCUAGUAUUACUAUUGCUGCUAUUAUCUUUAUUUUCUCUGCCGAUUGUUUGGUUUCUAUGGUUCAUAUAUCAUCUUCUUUAAUUGAAGUUAAAGAGUUUGAUUCAGAAGUGUCUCAGAUUCAUAAAACUGAAAGAAUAAUGAAGUCAACUAUUAGAGAACACAUACAGUUGCAUUCUACGCAUGAAUUGAUAAUUGAAGAAGUCGUUUAUACAGAAAACCAGAAUUCUUUAGUUCCUCCUUUCAAUGUUACAGAAGCAGAAAGAAUCCAAUGGUUUCGAGAAAAGCUGCCGGAAAUCAAGAUUUUCAAGUCAAACAAUUCGAGUCAGGAAUAUCACAAUCGAGUUCUUGAAUUUUUCGACAAGAAAUGUGAGGUUAAAUUUUUCAUGACAUGGAUUUCACCUGUUCAAUCUUUUACAAGAAGAGAGUUCAUAGCAAUUGAAAGUCUGUUCAAAGCUCACCCUUGUGGAUGUUUAAUGAUUCUAUCAGAGUCUUUAGAUUCUAAAAAAGGGUAUGGAAUCCUGAAACCAUUGAUUGAUCGUAGGUUUAAAGUUACUGCAGUUAAACCUGACUUGGCUUUUCUGGUCAAGAACACACCAGCAGAAACUUGGUUCCAAGAAAUGAAGAACGGAUACAAAGAUCCUGGAGAAAUUCCAUUAGCACAGAAUCUUUCUAAUCUUCUUAGACUCCUUGUUUUAUACAAAUAUGGAGGUAUUUAUUUGGACACGGAUUUCAUUGUACUAAAAAGUUUCAUCGGAUUGCGCAAUUCAAUUGGAGCACAAAGUAUUGAUGCAGUAUCUAGAAACUGGACAAGAUUGAAUAAUGCAGUUCUGGUAUUUGACAGGGAACAUCCAGUUUUAUUCAAGUUUAUAGAGGAAUUUGCUGCAACUUUUGAUGGAAAUAAAUGGGGUCAUAAUGGACCUUACUUAGUCUCCAGAGUAGCUCAGAAAUUAUCAGGAAGACCUGGAUUUAACUUCACUGUAUUGCCACCAAUGGCGUUCUAUCCAGUUAAUUGGAAUAAGAUAGGAGGAUUUUUCAAGAAACCAGGAAAUAAGGCAGAUUCCAGAUGGGUAAAAGCGAAACUGCUUCAACUCAGUGGAGAUACUUAUGGUGUACAUUUAUGGAACAAGCAGAGCAGCAGAAUUAGAAUAGAAGAAGGAAGCGUUAUGGCCAGGUUAAUCUCUGAUCAAUGUGUGAUUUGUGAAUACUCAUAGCAGCUCGUGAAGUAGAUUCUGUUCUGUUUUCUUGAAAUUCACUUUUAUCUUUUCUUUUGUUUACAACCUUUAUCCUUUUUUUUUUCUUCUGUUUUGUCAAUCUCUUGGUUUCUUUGUUUGAUCCUAAUGUAAAUAUAGCAAUUUGAUAACAAAUUCAUACAAGGAAUAAAUAAAAAUUUGAAAA